AUGUUCACCUCAUCUGAUCCAAAUUUACCUGAUUUGGAUUUUGAACUUGUUGAUGAAAGACAACAAAAUACAUAUUUAAAUGAAUCAAUAAUUAAAGAUCUAUUAUCAUCACCAACAUCAACAUAUCGAAUUGUUAAACAAACAACUCCAAAUAAACGUAGUGGAAUAAGUCAACUACGUAGACAAUUAACUGAUGAAAGUUCAAAUAGACAACGAGCAUCACCAAAUUCAAUUGGUACAAAUUUAUCAUCACAAACAUCAUCUAUUUUAAAUCGAGAUAGUAAUCCAAUACGAAUAAGUAAUUCAUCAAAUGCAAUACGAAUGUCAUCACCAGCAAAUACAAAACAAUUAGAUUCUGUUACAUAUUUACUUAAACAAGCAAUUGCACCAACACAAUUUAGUCAGACUGUUCAAAGUCGUCUUGAAAAUCCAACAAAAUAUCAUCUUGAACAAAUGUGUCGAAAACAAAGUUUAAUUGGUGAUGAACAUUCUGUUAUACAACAUCUAGAAGAAUCAUCACCAGAUAGUGAAAUUACAUCUGAAAUGGAUGAUCAACUUAAUGAUGAUACAACAUGUGGUAGUAUUGAAAGUAACACACGUAGUAUUAGUAUUACACCUCGAUUAUCAACAACAGUUACUGAUGAUCAUAUUGGUUCAGUAUUUUUAUCAUCAUCAUUAUCAAAAGAUGGAGGUGAUAGUAGUUCUCGUCAUUCAUCAUCAUGUCCAACAAAUAUAUUGAGUGCUAAAGCAAAAAUUGGUUUACCAUUAACAGAAGAUGAAAUGCGUCUUGUUAUACGUGAUCGACAAAAAAAAGAUAAUCAUAAUAUGAUUGAACGUCGUCGUCGAUUUAAUAUUAAUGAUCGUAUUAAAGAACUUGGUACUUUAUUACCAAAAGGGACUGAGUUAGAUUCAAAACAAAAUAAAGGUACUAUAUUACGUGCAUCAGUUGAUUAUAUUAAAAUUUUACGUCGACAAUAUGAGAAUGCUGGUUUAAUUGAAGCAAAAUAUCAAAUGCUUACAGAACAAAAUAUUGUAUUACAAGAACGAAUUAAAGAAUUAGAAAAAAAAUGUUUAGCAGCUGGUAUACCAAUAAAUUCAUCAACAACAAUAAAAAGUUCACCAGCUAUAGCAGUUGUUAAUACAAAUGUAAUUAAAUUAGAACCAUCAUCAUUAUCAUCAUCAUUAAAUAAUAAUCCAUUAGUACCACCAUCAACACCUAUAUUUGCAACAUUUGAUACACUUCCACCACUUGAUUCACUUUCAUCAUUUGGUAUUGUUGAUGAAGAUAGUAAUGAUACAAAUAGUGUUGUUGGAAAUACUUCAAAUGAUCCAUUAUCACCAUUUACACAUGAUCCAUUUUUAUCUUCGACAUCAUUUGGUUUUGAUAAUGAAAUGGAUAUUGGAGGAGGUUUUUCAUAA